AUGCGCUGGUCGUUUCUUGCAUGGUGGCUAUUGGAAGUUUUUGCUGUUAUCGUUUCGGCGGAAGACUGGCACCUUGACCUUUCUCUCUAUUCUCAGUUACUUUCUACCCAUCUUGCCCGCGAUGUCGACACUGCAUUUUACACCAUGUCCAAACAAAUCUCGACCCAAUUUCGUGAUGCCCUUGAAGUCCUUGGUGAAGAGCAACUUGAGCCUGUAUCACCUGUUGAUGUCCAAAUAUUGAAACGGCAGCUACGAGGCGCUGUUGGUUCCUAUAUUGAAGAUAAGCUCCCUACCGCGUGGAAUCGACAUGAUCCUUAUACGCUAUCUUCGGCAUCUCUUGCUGCGUAUAUCGAGAAGACUGUGCUCGAGUUUUGUAUGAUGGAGAACAAUAAAUAUGGCAAUACAGAUGAUGAUGAGGACCAGCACGACACUAUAAAUACCACUACUAUUAUCGACCAUGACAGCAAGGUGAUAUCAACCCAAUGUCUAGAUGAACCACGAGAUCGUCAACUACUCUCAGCUAUCGAUCGCUAUAUAAACACCCAUAUUCAACGCACCAUUACAGCCAUGGCUCAAGAUGAACUUCCUGGACUACUCGAUACGACACAACAUCAAGUGACCGAUGUCUUGACCCAUUUCAAACGCAUGACGGGAUGUCAACUCGAGCUUGAGAUUAAUCGAAAUCAAGCCAUAGCCGUUCACACAGUUGUUGAAGCAUGGGAACAACCAACCAACGAAGCCUUGUUGUAUGCAAUCCAUCAAUACGCUCAAUCAGCACGUGUCGCCACUGAUAACGCAUCAUAA